AAACAUAAACACACAUACAUUCAUAUUUUUCAUCUUAGAAUGGAUUUUAAUCCUUCUAUAUUUUCGUACCAAAGUGUAGAAUCCAAUUUCAUUUCAUGGGAAGAGUUGUUUUCGUUCAACAACCCUCCCUUGAAUGUAAGGGGUGGAGGAAUAAUGAAGGUACAAGAGCACAACUUGGAUAUUACAUGUGAUGGGUCAAAUCCACAACCACUAUCAAUGGCCUCAACAACAACAUGUAAGCGAGAGAAGAGACCCUAUAGAGGGGUAAGAAGAAGGCCAUGGGGAAAAUUCGCAGCAGAAAUAAGGGACCCCACUAGAAAUGGUGUUAGGGUAUGGAUUGGAACAUUUGACACUGCUGAAGAAGCUGCUUUGGCUUAUGAUCAAGCAGCAUUCUUAACAAGGGGUGUUCUGGCUACCCUUAACUUUUCAGCACAAGUGGCCAUGGAGUCUCUUCAAGAGAUGGGUUUUAAGGCUAUGAAAAGUGAUCGCUCACCCUUGUUGGAACUCAAAAGGAUGCACGUGAUGAGAACAAAAUCUAGGGUUAGUAGGAGUGGUGAUAAAAAGGUUAAAAGGGCUUGCAAAAAUGGGAAGUUUGACACUACUCAGAAUGUGUUGGUGUUGGAGGAUUUGGGUCCGGAAUAUCUAGAGCAACUUUUGAGCUUCACUUCACCCGGUUCUUGGUACUGAAAUUGUGGGAUCGUUUCAAGGAAAAAAAAAUUUAAACAAUAAAGCCACCUUAAUUUAUUCUUUUCAACUCAUUCACAGCUUGAAUUUAGUCUUAAGUUGUCUAUUUCAUUAAUUCAUUCAUUUUCUUCGCCUCAUGUAUAUUAACAUUUUUUUAACAAAUAAUAAGAAU